GGAGAUAAGGGGUUGUAGAGAGGGUCCUCUCUUUCAGAUUUUGCUCCAAAAUCAGAACAACCAAACCUUCCAUCUGAUUUGCAGAGAGUUUUCUCCAGGGACCAACCAGAGACAACCAAGGACACUGUAGAGAGAGAAAGUGGUUCUUUCUGUGAGUAACAUGCAAUAGAUAUAUUAUGUAUAUAUAUAGAGAGAGAAAAAGAGUUGAAGAUUGUUGUUCAAUUUGAAAAUUGCCAUCAAGUACCCUUUUUUUCUGUUCUUAUUUUUGGUUGGUUUUGGUACCUAUCCAACCCUGGAAAUAAAAAAGUGGUUUUUGGGGAUUUGUCUUGGUGAUUGGUUGAACGAUAUUUCGAUCUGAAGAAACUUGUGUGACGGGUGUUGAUUAGAUGGGCCUUGCUUGCUGUGAUGGGUGUUUAAAUUUGUGCAAAGAAGUAAAAGGGGCAAAAAUUAGGAACUUGUGAAUUGAAUUGGAUUUCAUCAAUUCUGUUUGAACAGGCUCUUGAUUUUGCUGUGGUGGAUUGAAGAGUGAAGGGCGUUCCUUUCUCUGUGGUGGAGACAUGUUGGACGGUCGUUCGUGCGUUGUUCCGAGGUUGUUUUCCAGCACUUGCCAGGCAGAGAACGACUGGUCUUACAUGAAGUGCUUGCUGGAGUUGGACAUCAAGAAUGGAAAGCGCCCUAUGGAGAUUGAUGAUGUUGAGGAUGAGCCCCAGCAGCCGAGGAAGUGUACCAGGAAGUUGGAUUCUUACAAUAGAGUUGAAAUGGCUCGAAUUUCCCUUCAAAGGCAAUCUAUUGAGGCCAAUGAUUCCGUUGUUUCCCAGAUGGAUCAGGAGGCCACUGAGCCAUUGAACGUUUGUGAAGUAGUUGUCGGAGAAGAUGGAGCUUUGACCGACCGGCUAUUUGGUGAGCAAGAACAGGAGGGUGAUGGUGAUUUGAUGGAUGUUGGUGACCAUCAAUCCGAUGAACAGCAGCAGGCUAAGCCUGGGGAUUUAUCAGAUUUUGGUGCCAGGCUAUCUGAAUAUCGGUUGGAGGAUGAUGAGAAUCUAAUGAAUUCAAGUGAACAGCAAUCUGAGCAGCAACAGCAGCAGCAUGGUGGGGAUUCUUCAGACUCUGGUUCUCUCUUGCCACGCAUGAACCGUGAUAGCUCAAUAGCCUGUCUCAGCCGGUGUUCAAGGUCAGACUACGGUUCUCUAGCCUCGUUGACUAGGAGCUUCCGGAACAUAAUCCGAAGUGGUGAACUCUAUCAAUGGAGGAGACUAAAUGGUAUUAUGGAGCACUGGAUUUAUUUUUCCUGCGCCCUCCUGGAAUGGGAGGCCUAUGAUCCAAUCCGUCAGAGGUGGAUGCAUUUGCCAAGGAUGGCUUCUAAUGAAUGCUUUAUGUGUUCAGACAAGGAAUCUUUAGCUGUAGGAACUGAGCUACUUGUGUUUGGGAGGGAGCUAAGAUCUCAUGUGAUUUACAGAUACAGUCUGUUGACAAACUCAUGGACAUCUGGAAUGAGGAUGAAUGCUCCAAGAUGCUUGUUUGGCUCAGCAAGCCUUGGAGAGAUUGCAAUAUUAGCUGGUGGGUGUGAUUCAGAGGGACACAUCCUGGACUCUGCUGAAUUAUACAAUUCUGAGACUCAAACAUGGGAAACACUGCCAAGUAUGAAGAAACCAAGGAAGAUGUGUUCUGGGGUGUUUAUGGAUGGAAAGUUUUUUGUUAUAGGGGGGAUUGGGGGGAGUGAUUCUAAGGUCCUAACAUGUGGAGAGGAGUACAAUAUUCAGAGCAGGACAUGGACAGAGAUUCCUAACAUGUCCCCAGGAAGAAGUAGUAGGGGUCCUGAGAUGCCUGCAACAGCUGAGGCACCACCUCUGGUUGCAGUUGUAAAUGAUGAACUAUAUGCUGCUGAUUACGCUGACAUGGAGGUUAAGAAGUAUGACAAGGAAGAAAAAGUGUGGAUUACCAUUGGGAGACUGCCAGAACGUGCAGUGUCGAUGAAUGGUUGGGGUCUUGCAUUUAGGGCAUGUGGAGAUAAGCUUAUUGUGAUUGGUGGACCUAGGACUCAUGGUGAGGGUUUUAUUGAGCUCAAUUCAUGGGUGCCUAGUGCAGGGCCUCCACAGUGGGAUCUACUUGCUAGGAAACGUUCUGGCAACUUUGUUUAUAAUUGUGCUGUGAUGGGAUGUUGAAGCAUUGAAUUUUCAAACAUACAAAUUUUGAUGCUUCAUGUCCAAGGAGUUGCACAAACAUUGAUUCGUCCAUUGACACAGGAUUCUUGCUAAUUGGUACAUUGCCCUCCCUUAUUUCUUUCUAUGAUAUUUUUCUUUGAAAGGUUGGGGAUGAUGGGGACAACAUUCAGAUAUUACUCAAGAUUAGCUGAAAAGUUUUAUGGGGAGGAGCUAUUCAGUCUUUUUUUUUUUCUUUUUUUUUAUGUUUAAAAUUUCAACCACUAUUUUGUUACAUUGAAAUUGGCAUCUUCCCCCAUUUCCAUUGACAUGUGAUUUUUCGAACUUUGGUAUCAUGUAGCAAAGGAAUAGAUUAAAUAAUUUAAGUUCUACACAAACUUAGGUUACUGGUGUUGUUUGUUUAAGUGCUUCUGAGAACACAACUAGAUACUUGAUUUUCUUGAUCAUAAAUUUCCUAGCUUGAAGGAAUGAAUAACUUUCUGAGAGUUUUUUUUUU